AAGAAGAAAACGAGUUUUCAAAUACAAAAAAAUGAUGAUACAUAUAGAGAGAGAGAGACUGUGACAAACGUAAUAAGGCAUGCUGCUGUUUGAUUGCUGAGAAAGUUUUCAAGAAUGAUGGAAAAUAUUUGAGUGUGCAAAAUAGUAUAUAGCUUAUAGCUAGACUUGCCCCUUAAAAAAAAACUGGUAAAAGUAGAAAAACACACAACCCAUGAGCCAUCAAUCUCUUUAAUCUUUUUUAUUUAUUUCUUUUUUUGGGGUGGGAGCCUUGUGGGUUUUUUGUUCUUUUUUACUUUGCAAAAAUUAAAGUUGGGUUGGGGGCACUGGUGUUAAUUAUUCCUUCUCUGCAAUUUUCUGUUUACUGGUUCCCCUGAUGCUUGACACCAGAGUUCACAUUCAAUCAUUUUUAGUGGCACUCGUGGCCUUAAAAAUUACUAGAUAAAAGAUGGGUUUUUUAGAGUUGAAAUGGAAGUAGUGGUAGUAACCCAGUUGUCGGCAAGUUUUUCUCUUUCUCUCUUUUUAGCUGUUUUUGGUUUUGGAUUAUCUGGGUUGUGUUUAUAGUAGAGACCCAUUGUCUUAGUCUCUGUUAAUGGGUUUUGUCUCUGAGUUUAUCUAGUUUAGAUUGGUGGGAAUAGAAUAUUUCAUUUGUGCUUUUGUAUUACUUUUUCAGUAGACGCAAAGUUUAAGUUUUUAUUUUUAUUUUGUUGUAAAUAUCAAUUGCUGGUAUAUGAGUUGUGUUAUGCAAUUCCUGUUUUAAAGAUUUUAACUUUUUUGAAUUUAUCGUACACAGUAUCAAUCUCAAAAGCCCACCACCACUCAGUUUCUUCCCUUUUUCCAUUUUUCUUGUUUAUAAGGAUAUAAUACGAGUGGUGGAAGGUGAAAGGGGGGUUUAGCUUUGGUUGCAGCUUUGCACAAAUUUCUUAUUCUAUAUUGCUUCUUCUGUAAUUCCUAGAUAGAAGAGAAGUUUAGUAUUCUCGAAAGGGUCCACACUGGUUUUUUUUAUUGUUGUAAAUGUCGGAUCUUGUUUGAUGAAAGCUAUACCCUUUAGUAAAAAAUGGCGGAAAUUAAGCUUACAAGACUAGAACAAGGCCAUACCAAGAUUAGAAACGUCCCAAUUGCUGUAACCCCAGAAGGUUUCUGGUGUUGCCCUUCUCCCGUUGUGUUUCAAAAGACUAUCAAAACUCAAAAUCCCUUGAACAAACCCAAACCCUCUUCACCUCCUCCCAAGAUCACUCCCCAUAGAAAACAGAACCCAAUGACUGAAAGAAGGAUACCCUUUACCCCAUCAAGGUCAGCAGCCAUUUCUGAUGGUCAACGGAUUCUCAACCCUGAGAUGGCAGAUGGACCUGUUCUUACUUCAUCUGUUGUUACAGAGAGACCCCCUAAACCGAAAGUUGAUAGUUUGCCCAGGAAGGUAGCUAUUGAGUUUGGUGAGGCUGGGACUAGUGAUAUGAAGGUGGUUUUACUGGGAAAGCAAGGAUUUUGUGUGAAGUUGAGUGUUCACAAGAAUGUUCUUGUGGAGUUUAGUAGUUUCUUUGCUGAUAAACUCUCUGAAGAACAGUCCAGUUUGUCAAGUCUUGAGAUUGAUGAUUGUGAAGAUAUUGAAAUCUAUGUUGAGACUGUGGGGCUGAUGUAUUGUAAAGAAAUGAAGCAACGGCUGAUCAAGCAAAGUGUCUCUCGUGUGCUUCGCAUUCUCAAGGUUGCAGAACAACUUGGCUUCAACUCAUGCAUCCAUUCAUGUUUAGAGUACUUAGAAGCAGUCCCAUGGGUUGGGGAAGAAGAAGAAGAGAAAGUUGUCUCAUCGGUUCUACGACUCCAAGGUGAGGGUAUUGGGGUAUCCCCUGUGUUGAAAAGAGUCUCUUCUGAAAUUUCCAAGCCCUCAAAAGACACACUUUGCCAAAUCAUUGAACUUGUUCUCAAAAGCAAUGACGAGAGAAGCCGCCGGGAAAUGAAGUCUGUAGUCCUGAAGCUCCUCAGGGAAAAUAAUGGUCUCCCAAGCUAUGCAGGUUCUGCUGACAUCUGCCAUGAAACAAUUUAUGGUUCAUGCCAAAGUUGUUUUGAUUCACUACUGUCUCUAUUCAAGCAGGCUACAGACCCCGAGUUUUCUGAUAAGCUGAUGGAAACAAGAGAACCCGUGGUGAAGCAAAUAGCUUUAGAAUCUGAUAAUCUGUCAUGGUUGCUUGAGAUCUUAGCCGACAGGCAAGCAGCAGAUGAAUUUGCAGUAAUAUGGGCAAGCCAGCAAGAGUUGGCAGCCUUACACGAAAAGCUCCCUGUCGUGUCUCGCUACCAUGUCAGCUGCAUUACAGCGAGACUAUUCGUUGGCAUUGGAAGAGGGGAGCUGCUGCCAUCAAAGGAUACCCGCCAAUUGCUGUUGCAGACAUGGUUGCAGCCGUUGAUCAGCGACUACAGUUGGUUACAACACGGGUGCAGGUCAUUUGAUCGGAAGGUUGUGGAAGAAGGAAUUGGUAGGACAAUCCUGACUUUGCCACUAGAGGAGCAGCAAAGUAUUAUGCUUUCAUGGUUAAGCAGUUUUCUAAAAGCUGGUGAUAACUGUCCAAAUCUUCAAAGGGCCUUUGAAGUUUGGUGGCGGAGGACCUUUGUCAGACCAUACGUGGAAACACAAGAUAAUAACUCGUUUCAGACAGAUAACUAAAGUGAUUUAUGAAGACAUGGUAGAAAGAAAGAAGUAAAUCAAAAUGUGCUUAUUAAAAAUAUGAGUUGAGAGUGAUAAAAUAAUAUAUGUUUUGUAAAUCUAAUGUUGGCUAUGUAAGGUUUAGGUUCAUUGCUACUCCAAUUAUCAGGGUGAAAAGGAAAAUGGGGUCCUGAGUUUGAUGGAUAACAGGAGAAAUUUCUUGAAUGAAACACAAGAUCACACUGUUGUGUUCAGUGGGAAAUCUCAAACUUCAGUGCAUACUUUUCUUUCCACAAAUUUGGGUUGAUUGAUUGGUUGGUUUAUGUAAAAUUAAUGGAAAAGAGUAAUCUAAAGUGAUUACCUAAGGUGGUUUUUGUUUUUUUUUUUUUUUUUUGGGUAUGAAUAUCAUUGUGGAUAUGCUUUGCUUUUCUCUCUAAAUGGGUGUACCUAUACGUUACUUAUGAAAUGGGAUGCAGCAUAUUUCUUGCAAUGUAGUUAAUUA